AUGAAGUACGUUCUCGAUUUGUUAACUCCGUUUGCCAGCCAGAACAUAUUCCAGGAAAUCGUGUGGUUUGUCAGUCCGCACCAGCGCUUGGAGCAGACCGACGAGUUCAUAAGGCGCAUUGACGAGGCCUUCGGGAAGACAGCCACCCAGACGGUGGUUAAUAACAACACGGAAAUGCGUAUGAUUCACUCGUCGGCCAGAAGGAACCACAUGAGCUUUGUGUUCACCACAGGAGCAGAUGAUCCCAUUAUGAAGGUAUUUAGCAAGGUGUUGCUCGGGCGGCACUUUUACUUUUCGAUGAUAAUGUACGUGGACAAAGUGAGCGACAUGCAGCCCAUUCAGGACAUACUGCUCUUCGCCUACAACCAGCAGUUCAUAAACUCGAUGGUCUACUUUGAGUCUGAGGAGGGCAUCAAUCAGAUCUUUGGAGUGGCCAAGUUUCCCUCCAUGGUGUUCGAGAAUCGCACUGACUUCAACGCUUAUAUGAGAAAAAUGUACAAUAAGAUCCUGAAUGCACGCUCCGAUGUGGAGGGUUUCGGGUUUGCUACGCCCUUGCGCCAGGACCUGCCACAUCUCUUCCAGUCCCGAGGCCGCAACGACGGAAGUACCUAUCGGAUCAUCGAGACCUUUGUCCAGUUCGUCAACGGCACCUUUGCGGAGCUUCCCAUGCCGCUAGAUGCCCUGGGCGGCAAGGUUAUCAAUAUGAAGCAGACCCUGCAGAUGGUUCGCGAACGCCAGAUGGAGUUCUGCGCCCAUGCCUACGCCCUGUUCAUGCCCGAUGAAGAACUGGAGAAAACCUACCCGCUGCUGGUGGUGCAAUGGUGCCUAAUGGUUCCGCUCUACAACAGUGUUUCCACUUACUUGUACCCCCUGCAGCCUUUUGCCUGGAACGUGUGGUUCUUCGCCGUGGGAGCUCUGUUUGCCUUGGUUUUCCUGGAGCUGAUGUGGCUCAGGAUGUUCGGAGGAGACUGGUUAGGGUAUCACGGCGCUGUUCUGGACUCCUUUUGCUACAUUAUCAAUGUGCCCACUGAGGGCCAAGUGCAGCAGCCCUGCCUUCUUCGAUUUCUCCUGCUUGGCACGGUUUUCUUCCAUGGAUUUUUCCUUUCCGCCUACUACACCUCGAAUUUGGGCAGUAUUUUGACUGUGAACCUCUUCCAUGCCCAGAUCAACACCAUGGACGACAUUGUGAGUGCCCAGCUGCCCGUCAUGAUCAUUGACUACGAGAUGGAGUUCCUGCUGAAUCUGAAUAAGGAGUUGCCCCAGGAGUUUCUCAAGCUGCUCAGACCCGUGGACUCUGGAGUCUUUGCAGCUCAUCAAACAAGAUUCAAUAGCUCCUUUGCCUACUUUGUAACCGAGGAUCAGUGGCAGUUCCUUGACGAGCAGCAGCUGCACUUGAAGCAUCGCCUCUUUAAAAUGAGCAGCAUCUGCUUUGGUUCCUACCACCUGGCUUUUCCCCUGCAGAUGGACUCAUCCUUGUGGCGGGAUAUCGAGUACUUUACGUUCCGCAUCCACUCCUCGGGCCUGCUCAAUUUCUACGCUCGCAGCAGUUUCGGAUCUGCCCUUCAUGGUGGUUUGGUAGAGCGUUUGCCGGAGAAUCAGGAGUACACAUCCGCCGGAAUGCAACACCUAGCCAUUGCCUUUAUUUUCCUGCUAGUGAUGAGUGCUUUAUCCGGGAUUGUGUUCCUUCUGGAGGUGCUAUCUGAAGGCACUUCGCGUAGUCUGUUUGUUUAUCAAUAA